CCCUCUUUGUUGCGCGGGCCAAUGGGUACAUUCGGAACAUCGGCGGCGGCCGGGUGACAUGGUUAUAUGUCACAAAAUAACAUUCGAUAAUGGAACAUGGAAUAAAGCGACGGCCGCAGCAGCAGCAGCUGCAGCAACAGCCUCAGCCGCCCGGAGAGGCUUUGCUGCAAUGAACCCCCACUGCCCGGAGGUAAGAGAUUAGAGGCCGGAGCUCGCUCAGUUUCUCCUCCACUCGGCCAGUCCCUCCGAGCAUCCUGCAUUGGAAUUGGGAGGCACAGUCCCUAAGAGAAGAGGUCCGGCUGCCAUCUCUCUGUUAAUAGUAGUCUCUCCUUUGCCUGCUUCCUGAAGCAGCCAAGAGUGCAAUGGAGAAAGCUUCCUUAUUUAUGGGGCACUGAUCCCGGUGACCAGACAUAUCUCUCACUUCUCCCCACACUCUCCCCCAACCUUCCCACCCCAUCAUGACUGGCUCCACAUCCAGCGCUCACCACUGCCCCCACCCCAAGGGUGGCAAAGGAGCGCGGUCCAGGAGCACUCACGCACGAUCCAUGUGCCUCACCAACAAUGGGGGGUCAGAGGAGGAAGACAAAGAAGGAGGGGUGCUGUUCCAUGUCAACAAGAGCGGCUUCCCCAUUGACAGCCACACCUGGGAACGGAUGUGGAUGCACGUGGCAAAGGUACACCCCAAGGGAGGAGAAAUGGUGGGGUCCAUCAGGAAUGCUGCCUUCCUGGCAAAACCUUCAGUGCCCCCAGUUCCAAACUACAGGAUAUCCAUGUCAAUCCCAGAAUGGCUUCACGCAAUCCAGAAUUACAUGAAGACUCUACAAUACAAUCACACAGGGACGCAGUUCUUUGAAAUUCGAAAAAUGAGGCCAUUGAGUGGAUUGAUGGAAACAGCAAAAGAAAUGACUCGAGAAUCUUUACCUAUCAAAUGUCUCGAAGCUGUAAUCCUGGGCAUAUACCUAACAAAUGGGCAGCCUUCCAUUGAGCGAUUCCCCAUUAGCUUUAAAACCCAAUUCUCAGGAAAUUACUUCCAUCAUGUUGUACUGGGGAUCUACUGCAAUGGCCGCUAUGGCUCACUGGGCAUGAGCCGGAGGUCCGACCUAAUGGACAAACCUCUAACCUUUCGGACUCUGAGUGACCUCAUCUUUGACUUUGAAGACUCCUACAAGAAAUAUCUACACACAGUCAAGAAAGUCAAAAUUGGGCUAUAUGUCCCCCAUGAGCCCCACAGCUUCCAGCCUAUUGAGUGGAAGCAACUGGUUCUCAAUGUCACAAAGAUGAUGAGGUCGGACCUAAGGAAAGAGCUGGAGAAAUAUGCCAGGGACUUGAGAAUGAAGAUCUUGAAACCCACAAGUGCCCACUCUCCUCCCCUGGAGAGAAGUCGAGGAAAGUCACUAUCUCCCCGGCGGAGACAAUCAAGCCCUACAAGACGGCUUGGGAGGCGAGACAAAUCGCCAGCACUCCCAAAUAAGAAGGUGGCUGACCUCAGUACUCUGAAUGAAGUAGGCUAUCAGAUCCGAAUUUAACUAAGCCAUAAUGGCCAGUGGUGCUUCUGUCUGCACUUUACCCAGCACAUGGCAUCUUCGGGAGGAUUUGCAACUCUUUAUCAAGAUCCUGUGAAUUUUAUUUUUAAGCAGUCACCUAGAAAUAGCAUAAGUGGGUGAUAUUUACUUUUUAAAAAAACCUAUCAAGUGGCAACCACGAAAAGACAAAAAAUAAUAAUUAUGAUUAUGAUAAGCCCUACCUGGGGCUGAACUAUCUCCUUUACUCCAAAAUGAGAGGACUACUACUUCAAUGGUGGAUCCAUAUAAUUUCUCUCUCUUUCCUUUAACUGGCGCUGAAUGCUGUGCUACACUGGUAAUCUUAGAGACAAGUUUAUGAAGUCUCUUCUCCCUUUUUUGGUGUUUGGACAGUACUGGCACACACACAGAAGGGUUAACUCAUGAUCAGUAUUAGCAAUAUUCAGCAAUAACUGAAGCAGAGGUGGGUAUGGUUUUUAAAAGCAUUUAUAUUACCUCAAUACCUGAUAGAUAUGCAAAUUUGAUGGUAUUUAAAUUUUUCUGGUAAUUGAUUUGUGUUGUUUCCCUAACAUUUAUAUAGUAGGGAUUUCCUUGUAAUCUGAGGCUCUCAUCAUGCAUGCCUAUAUUGAAAUUUAAGGUAUUAUUAUAUGCAUGUGUUUUCUUCAAAAGCAAUGGAACUCUACUGGCAUCACUGGAAACCAUCUCCAGGACUAUCCUGUCUCUCUUCCUUAAAGGCAUUCCCUGACAAAUGGGUUAAAAAAAAACAACACAUUGUUCUAUUUUUUGUCACUGACAUUUAAAUGUUAUAGAUUCCAGCAAAAAGCCCAUGUCUGGGAGCUCUCUGAGGUAGAGUUGGUGCUGUUAGGAUUGUCUCUGACAGUGGCAUAUAUUCUUAGUGGGCCAAGGCCAAGAAUGAAUUAAUGUGUUUGAGCACCACUUGACCUUUCUUUUCAUGUUUUAUUUAAUAUGGAUACUGAGCCAGGCCUUGUCUCCAAAGGAUUUACUGCUGUUAAAUGCACAGACUUUUUCCUGAUGUCUUAUAUUAAGACUAGACAUGACAAUAUGAUCUUUUGUCACCCUUGUUCAUCAAUGCCGUUCCAUCUAUUUACUCAGCAAGUAGAAUGAAUUUAGGAAUAUGAUUAAAACAAAACUUUUGAGGAUAAAAAUGAAAGAAUUUGCUAAGCAUUUAUGUCCCAGUACAGCAAAACAUCUGAUAGUGCUAUCUUUGUCCAUUAAAUUCAGUACUAUCCAUUAACUUUAUCCAUUAACUUCUGGCCUUAAGAUCCAGAUUACCAUGUAACUUCUGGCUAUAGAUUAUAGUUCUUGCAGCACAAUGACAUAGAGUACUUCUUUACUAGUAGGUCAAAGCUAAAGAUGGAUUUUGCUGUUGUAAAAGGAAGGCAAAGCUUAUUUUUUAGCAAGUGGGAUUUUCCCCUUCUGCUUUCUUUCAUUUGGCCAGAAGAAUAAGAAAGUAGGUAAAAUGAGAACCUGUCUGUCCUAAAUCAACAUAAACCUUAAUUACAACUUGGUGAAUGCGAUGGAAAUUAAUAUAUUCCUUAUAUUCAUUAAUGCACAAAUAAGAUUACUUUCAACAAAUUGGAAUUAGUGGCAAUUAUUGAUUGGGAGGUCUAAAUCACACAGCAUGAGAUAAUCAGAAAACUUACUAUUAUUAAAAAGUAGUAGAGCCAGCAAAAUAAAACCACACAGUCUUCUAAAAUACCUAUCAGGUUGAAUAUCUUAAAAUGUUACUCUUCUAUACCUUUUAAAAGAGAAGUUUAUGACCUUACUGGCCCUUAAAAUUCAGAUUACAUAGGGUGUUCCUAAAGUCUGGACACAUAGGCAAAAAUGCAUAUUUUCAAGAAAGGAAAUGAAUGAAAUUUUCAACCACAUUUUAUUUAAUUGGAAUAUUAACAAAUAACACCUUCAAUAUGAUUGCCAUCAUUUGUGAUGCAAAGGUUGAUGCGCUUUGCAAGAUUCACGUGAACUCAAUGCAAUAACUCCACGUUGCUGUCAAUUUUCCUGUGUCCAGAGUUCAAGGACAUCCUGUAGUGAUCAUUAAGUAGAUCAUAAACAGUGCUAUAGAACUGGUGCCCAUAUUUGCAUAACUGCUUUUGUACAUUCAUCAACACCAUCUGAAGGUUUGUAGGGUGGUGAGUAUGCUUUUGAAUAAGUUGCAAGCCAUUCUUCUUGAGCCUGUAACCAGAUUUAUUGUAACACUGUUAUAGUAUAAACUCAUCUUAGGAAGCGGGGAGGGAUAUAUAUGAAGCAAUACCAAAUUGUGGCACAGCCUGUCAUUUGUGAGAGAAGGGGAAAAAACAAACAAGAAUGUAUCCUGAUUCUAAUGUACUGAUAUGAAAUCCUUAAAACUGCCAACUUGUUUAGUUAGUCAACUGAUAAAUUAUGUCCUCCACAUUCAUUCCUUACUUUGGAGAUUCACUCCUCCAAAGUAAGGGCUAAGUAGUCAUGUAAAUGUGUAAGUAGUACGUACAUUUAAAAUGUUCUUUAAUCAGCAGUAUAUCUUAAAUCAGUAUAUCACUGUGAUUUUCUAUUGUAUUCUGCUCUUUUUAAAAGAGGGAAUCCAAAAAUAGGUUGGAUUGAACUACAGGUUUUCCUUUUUAUGAGUUAUGGAAUGAGGCUUGAACAAAGCACAAGUCUUGAUAGCUUAAACCACCAAACCUGUAUGUACUGAUAUUCCAAGAUCAAAGAUGAAAAUUAAUUUACAUUAAGAAAACAUUAAAAUGGGUAAGAAAAAUGUUGUUUUACCUCAAACUGAUCAAGUUUUAUUUAAUUGCCAACAGCCUCAAGUAUGGCAAAUUUUUUUCUCAAGACUUUGUAAUCUUGUAAACAAAAUCAAUUAUUAAUCCAGAGAGAAAUUUAUCAAACUGUAUCAUGGAAAUACAUGUAAAGUUUAAAUGUGUAUCAGAAACCCUGAUUUUAAAUAUGGUUUGUGCUGUUUUGAGUGCACUUGAUUUCAAUAAGUGAUAUUUAGUAUUUUCUAUUAUUCUAUAAUUAUGUGUAUUUCACUUUUUCUAAGUCAAUUAUUUCUUAAAAAUGUUAUUAAUACUGGUAAAUAAAGCUUUUAAAAUUUAAUUCAGUCUUCUUACACCUGACGUUUUAUAAGCUGUAUAGCCAUGUGAAAACUUGUAUUAUUUUUUUUAAGUACAAUCAGAAUCUUGUUUAUUCUCUUGGACUUUGUUCUGGAAAAUGCAUUUUUUUAAUACUUAUGAAAAACUGUGAUUGUUUCAGUGAAUAUUUUUCUAGGUAUAUGAAAACCUGUACAAUGGUAUUUUAGGGAAUACCAGACAGGUGCAUGUUUCAGGUUUUGCUUUUAUUAUCACUUGUAUGUUUCUACACAGCAUGGAACUUUAAUAAAAAUGUCUUGAAAGUUCAGGGGUUUAGUUCUUAUAAAAAUGUGAACUGGCGUGAUUUGUUUUUGUCUAAUACAGAGCGUAAUUCACUAUCCUUUAAGCUUCAUGUGAACUUCAAAUAUCCUAUAAAUUCUCAAACUUCUUUAUGGUGUACUUUUAUCCA